UUGUUUGGUUGUUUGUUGCUUUUGUUUUUCAUCUUUUUUUUGGGUAAUUCACCACAGGUACCAGGAAACCUAAGUAGUCGACCAGAGUAUGUGGUUCUAACCUACAAACUUCCUUAUUAUGAGAAUCUUGCUCGUGAAGAAUUGGAAAAAGAAGGCAAUACCGACUACUUUGGAAAGGUAACUGCAAGCACAUCUGCGAAUGAGCGAAGGCAGUAACAAACAAAAGUGAUAUUUUUAUAAUAAUAAUAAUAAUAAUAAUAAUAAUAAUAAUAAUAAUAAAAUAAAAACAAAAAUAAUAAUAAAUAUUUAUAUAGCGCCUAUACUUUUCAGUGCCUAUACUUAUUUUUGUACAAAUAGCAUGUAUCAAAUUAAACGCAUCCAUUGUAUUAAUUCUUAUUUACAAUAAUAUCCCCUACAGGAACUUGCUGCGGUUGCUUAUGAUGCAGUGCAAGUAAUCAACAAGGCUCAUACUGUAGAACCGUGCUUGUCAGUUAACGGCUCGGCAGUUACUUCUAGAGACCGCGAAACAAUGUUUUCUUGCUUGACAAAGGUGAGGGACAAUUAUUUUGAAGCAAAUUACCUUCCUUCCCCUCGCCCGAGUUUGCAUUGAUGAACAGGUCGCAGACGAAAUUACACACACUGUGUUAUGAGAGUUUCUCGAAGCGUUCUGUUUCCACCUCUUCAUGAUAUUGCCAAGUCGAACUAAUUCAUAUUUCAUUUCCUAUUGAUUACUCCUCGAUCAUCAAAUGUUAAUAAGAAUAUAAUAUAGAAUUAGCGAUGAUGAGGAUGAUGAUGAUAAUAAAUAAUACAUGUAAGAGUAUUAAGGAAACCCUUAUUUUCCACUGAAUUAAGACCCAAUGGAAAGUAUCAUUACCCAUUUUAACAACUGGGACCUAAAUUAUUUCAACAGGUAAAGUUUGAAGGCAUAACAGGACCUGUUAGAUUUAGCCAGGAUGGAAAGAGAGCAGGAGUACAACUGGAAAUCUUGAAUCUGAGAAACGAUUCCUUCAGGAAAGUAAGUACCCCUAAAAUCGAUCACAGUUUUCCUUGGGAAAAAAAGGGGAAAACACACGUGAUGCAAUGCAAAUAAAUAGACAUGGCGUGAAAAUUGCAGAAAAAGGCUAUAACGCUUCAAAGAAGAAAUGUGCAGUUAAUUGAUAGGCGGAAGUUAUAAUCAACAUCAUACAGGAUUCACUUGUUAGUAAAAUAUUUAUCCGUUUCUGAUUGGCUCAAAACCUUCAACUAGGGACCUUUGAAAAAAUUUGAAAGUCGUUCAAAUUUGCUGAUAUCAUUACAAUUGACGUCAGUUGUAGAGAUAUCGACAGAAAAGGGGACAGCCAUGGGGGGGCUGGCAACGGCCUUUGAUCUUGCCGCUUUUCGGCUUUCCAUGAUCGCCCCAGUUAAGAAAUCUGUCAAUCAUUCGAGAACUGUAGCGAGCAUGCGCGAAACGGGCUGGGAACAACAUCAAGAAGUUCGUCUUCGCAGCGAUUCGACAGUGUGAAGUGAAUUCGCUUUUGGUUCUGUUGGUCAUUGCUUUCUUUGGUGUAACCGAUUUUUCCCGCAGUAAUGUGGAGCUUACGUUUUCCUUUCUUCUGAUCUUGUGUUUGUCAUUACAAGCGGUUUUCUACGCUAAGAACGAGACCAGUGAAAGGUCAUUGUACAUUUUCCUCGAUGCCCAACCUUUUGGCUCACAACAGGCUUUCAAGCUGUGUUUCUGUUUGGAAGACCCACAAGACUAAAAGAAGGGCAAACCCUCCAAUGCGUAUGUAGAAGAGUUUAUAUUUUCAAGUGAAAGGCCGAAAAUUAAUCCUUCGUGAUAUUAAAAAAAGCGCGGUGGCCGUGGUCAAGUAGAAGAGUUGUCACAGUUGUUUACGGUUUUAUUACACCUUUAAGACGAAAAGAAAUGAUGAUUGAGACUCUUAAUUCUGUACCCUUGAUUGUGAACUUAUCCCGACAGAGUUGCGUUGGAUGAUUGAGUGGCUUGGUCAAAUCUCGUAGUUCAUGUAUUUUGUUAUGUACUAGAAGCUAAAUAAAUUAUGCCAAGAGAUCAUUCACUCUUGAUAUGCUUAAGUUCUUGUCUUCGUGUGAUUUAAUUUAAACUUUACCGUAGUUUCUAAGAAAUGAAUAUGGACAAAUGAAAGGGUAAUUAUUUUGUGUGUUUGGAAUUCUCUUUUCAUGACAGCAGUUACUACACUGCCUUCAGUUUGAGUCCUCAUUCAAUUGUGUUUUGUUUUGUUGCAAACAAAGAGGGAGAAAUUAUAAAUAUCUUAUUCCAAAAACUACGCUACCCACUGGAACAAGAGUAUGGCUUAAAACAAUAUUAGCUAAGGUCAGAAAAUAAAAGUUCAAGUUUGCAUGUUUUGACAAGGACUACAUCUGGCUAAAUAUGCUUCAAAGGGAAUUUAUAAAAUUAAAAAAAUGAUGACAUUUCUAUUUUUGCCUUUCCUUUGGCCACUGUGAUCAGUUUUUGCCAUAUAGUUGCAUGUAAUGUUUUACACCUUUGGACAUCAACCUGCCAAGUUAGUUGGUGUCUGUGUAAAAAUGUACUUUACUGUUAAUGAAAUCAAAGUAAACCCUCUCAACUUAAAAAUUGCCUUGUACUAGUGGAUAUUGAAAACACCAUAGGAUGCCUGAGAAAAAAGAUGUAAAAUGAUUAUUAAGAUAAUAUUAUUUGCAGUCAACAAUAACGGUUAGAAACUUGUGUUGAGGCUGGCAAAAAUAUUUUUCAGAGACCAUAAACCUACACUGACUUUGCUGUUACAACAAGUGGUAAAAGGGAAUUUAAAUGUGGGAUCACCUCCCUGGGCUUACACUGAAAGAGAGUAUGGGUAGUAGGACACAUUGUGCAUUCCCCUACCCUUUUUAAGCCAAGAGACCUUUUUUUAUAAUCCUGAUUCAUUUCCUUUUUAAUUAACAUACAGAAUUGAGGUAGCUUUUAAACUUAGAAACAUGGCAAAACUUGGGGGGGAAAUGGUGGUACCAAUAGACUGUACGUCCUCUAUAGACCGCUUUUUCUUCAACCUUCACAACCCAAACAGACACCUUGUUCAAAACUCUUGAGGGUGAAAUGGUCACCACCCUAAAUCAGCAGCACAUACCCAUCUAGGCCAAAUAAUCCAAGGGUAAUAUCGUAGAAAGAACUGCUGAGGAUAGGGUUCAAGCCCAACAAUGACUUCUUUUGAUGGUUGAUAAAAAAUCAAUUUUACCUGGUAUAAUUUAGUUGUAAAUCAGAUUCAUAACUUGCACAAACAAUAAACUUAAGUUGUAUAUUUUUCAAGCCUCUUCUGAUUCUCUUUAUAAACUUUGCAAAACAUUCAGUUUUUUUUUUGUUUCUUGUACUUCAGUCCUUUGAGGGAUUUUCUCAACGCAUACUCUAUCCUGAUGUACUCACCCUUAUUAGCAACUGAAUUAGCCUCUUGUUCUUACACUAAUCCACUGUAAUCAUUUCAAGUACAAUUCAUAACUAAACGGUAAUUUUUGUACCAACAAUUUCAAGGAAAUACUUGAAACCGAAGUCACUAUCUAAUACAAAACUAAUGCGGUAUUGCUGUUGGAAAUUUAUUGAUUAUCACUCCAAUGACAUUUCAGUGAAGGUUUUGAAGGUUCAGUAAACCCCUCCCAGCCUUCUGAUAUUAAAAAUAGCUUAUAUGUGAAGCAAAAUGAUUGGAACAUUUACCCUGGUUUUUACUAAAUUGGCCCUGUAUUCUGUAUUUACGCCUAUAAACAUUUGUUGUGCCUCCCGGUGUACAAACAAACUUACGAAUAGAGAAGUAGAAAAUCAGUGGUUUAAUGAACACUCACAUAGUGAUAUAGGACUGUUGCAAGACUCAUACCAAUAUAUCGUGCUCGUAGCAUAUGUUUAAGAUAAGGAAGAAAGUCUUAAUACCACUGUAAGUGGAAAAAUAUAAGAUAUGGAGCAAGGUGGUCGCUCGAAAAUUCACGAAGCUUAAAAAUAACUGAACUUGCCGAGAUCCCGAAUCACGUAAGUGAAGUCACCCAUGAACUGUUCAUACAUCACGCCUUCUGAUGUCCAAAAGGUCCUUUAAAAAAGUUCAUAGGAACCUUUUCUUGAGAUUUGUGCGCGGGAAAACUUAAAACCGAGCAAAAACUCAUCGUCCUUCCAUGUCUGCAUUCUCCGCCAUAUUUGUUUUCAAGGAAAAUUUGUACUCAGCCUCACUCGGCCGAAUUUCUUAACUGGGGCGAUCAUGUAAACUCGGUUCCAGACCUCGCUGCCAGCCCCCCCUGGGGACAGCAGUAGCAUGGUACCUUACGGCUGUUUCGACAGAGUUGGAGAAAAUGGCGGGAGAUUGCACACGUUAUGCAAGGGAAGAAAUACCCAAAGUACUGCCAGAAAACAUGUACUUAGCAAGAAUACCGAUUCUACUCAACGGGUGACCACAGCUUCUCGAAGAAUUUCUGCUGUAAAGAUCCUUCACAUCUGUCAAGGAACAGGCAAAAUUUUAAUGAGGGCGAAACUUUAAUAAAUAGAUUGAGGUAUGAAGUACCAUUUCUUAGCUUUUCCCAACUCUCUUUGAUUCACGCUAUUGUGUUUUCUUUCCUUAGGUAGGGACAUGGAAUGCAACGACGAAAGCCGUAAUGUUCGAAAAUAUACACCAUAAUAUGAAUGACAAAUUUCAUGGCGGCGGUCUAGCAGGCAGAACUCUCCGUGUUGUUGUUACAGAGGUAUGCACUUAAUAUAUUGCAUGAAUGUAUUGGCUAUAUAUUGUAGAUUUUUUUCUAAUUAGAAAGAGGUUUCUUGGCGAUCCUUGGCCGGAGAACGCCAUUAUCUCACUUAAUCAAGAAUACAAUGUACUCAAUCAAGAAGUCCGUUACCGGCCUUUAAUUACUCAAUUGCAAUAUAACCCUAAAUGAUCUUAUGAUUCAGUUAGAUGUCGACCAAUUACAUUUCAAGGAUGCCGGAUGAUCAAAUAUUGUCGUUUUGUCGUACAUGGAGAGAACAAAUCAUUACUGUUUUGACCUAGUUAGUAAUUUCUUGGGCUGGUUAGAAAACAAUUGUUAAGUACCUUAGACACUGUAAGUGUAAGAGUCCACCUUUCAUAACCUCAACAGGAUGAGCCGUUUGUCGUCCUCAAAACGCAAGAAGAUGGAAGCAUUACAUAUGAAGGGUACUGCAUCGACCUGCUACGAGAACUUGCCAAAAGACUUCAUUUCUCAUAUCAUAUUAAAACAUCUCCUGACGGGCUCUAUGGCGCGAAAUUGCAAAAUGGAUCCUGGAACGGGAUGAUUGGAGAGCUUCUAAAUAACGUAUGAAAUAUCACUGCAUUCAAUAGACCAAUUUCGAUCAAUUAAAAUUCUCUAUAAUAGGCCAUUUGCACGAUGCUGUCAUUUUACUACUAGGAACAGAAACCUUUACGUUUUUCCCUUCAUAUUUAAAUUUGGUAAUCCCAGCGAGGAUUAAAUAACAAAAGCCCUAAUUUGCACAGGAAAGCAAAACCCUGAAGGAUUCUGGUUGUAGUAGUAAAAUGACGUCAUCGUGUAAGUGGCCUAUUGGCUGCGAGGCUUGAGGGAAUAGAGCAAAAGAAUAUCUUGAGGCUCAGCAAUAAACAUUCCAUUACUUUUUUCUUCUUCCCCCAAGCUUCCGCACAAGGUAUGAGUUUUCAUAUAUCGAAAUUGGUCUGUUCCUUCAAAGUGCCAGAGCUAGAAACUGCAUGUACGUUGACACAGGUUGACAACAAUUUAACAGCCAAUCGAGAGGUAGAUGAAUGUUAUUCCUCUUUCAAAAUAAAUUGACCAAUGCUAUUCCCUCUUUAUUAGCCUUCCAUUCAGAAUUGUUUUGUCUAGAUUUUAUCAUAGUGCGUUGCAACAUUUACGAGGUAUGACGUCAUGAACCUCAUUAGGUUAACCAAUGUUUUUUAGCCAAAACUGCCAGGGUUAGCAUUGUUUCAUGCAGUAAAAAAAGCAGCAAAAUAAACGUGUGCUAAUUAUACACUGAUCUCAAAUGUCACGCACGACAGUUUUUUCUUAAACAAUUAUAGUUCGAACAAAAUAAGAUGCUGCCAAGAUGGUCGCCAUUUUGAAAAAAAGUCACAGGUCAUAUGUUAUUAUUAAAGUAUGAUAAAUACGAUGUAUUUGUAAUAACAUAAAGAACGAAAAGACUUUCUAAUUUAAAAAUAGUGAGCUCUAGGAAUUGCAAGGGCCAAAACUACCAUUAGUUCAUGUUUGUAAUAGAAAUUUACUCGACAAUCCACCACCCCAUUUUUUUUUUCUCAACAGCGCGCAGACGUUGCCGUUGCAGCUUUGACCAUAACUGAAAGCCGCGAAAAAGUGGUGGACUUCACUGUCCCCUUCAUGUAUUACACUGAAGAACUUCUACUCAAGAAAGCGACGUUCAACAACGGAUCAAUUGAUUUUCUACAGUUUAUGAAUCCAUUUCGCAUUGAAGUUUGGUUUGUUACUUUAGCCACCCUGGUAGUGAUUUCCGUUUCAACUUUUGUGAUAAACUACUUUAGUCCAUACGGUCACAAAGAUCCGAAUGGCCGAGGAACCUCUGAAGAGUUCAGUUUCUUUAACAGCGUGUGGUUUUCAUUGGCUUGCAUGUUGCAACAAGGAUCUGACAGCCAGCCACGAAGCCUGUCAGGUACUGUAAGGUGGAAGUCGUUCGCUUAAGCCAACGUUAAUUCAAUCGAUGUCUUCGUUACUGGUAAACAUUUAAGCAUGUAUCUAGUAUUUAGUCAAUCUUUCUGUUCACGGAUUUUUAAUCAACGAUAUAAUGCUUUGAGAGGAGGAGUUAAUGUCUUCCCACAAUGCAUUGUAGCAUAAAAUGAUAUAUAUGGAAAUUUUAGUGACGUGAUUACUCGGCUGAGAGUGUCUCAGACGCUUGAACAAGUGUAACUAACGUGGCAUUGUAUGUUACUGAGACUUGCUAGUGUGAAGAAUCUUUGACGAAUUUCCCUCUUCUUUAUGUACAUUGUAAAGAAAGACGACUUCCCCGUUGGCCCUCUUAAGGUGUGUUGACUCAUUUUGUCACCACGUGCACUUUCGUUUGAGUUUCGGUGCUAAAAUGGCAUACAGGCAGAGCGGGUUUACUGAUCCAGUUGCUCAGUGCUAUCAAGUAGCAUAUAAUGAAUAAUAAUAAUAAUAAUAAUAACAAUAAUAAUAGUAAUAAUAAUAAUAAGGAUUUCUUUUGCCUCAUAUCCUCAUAGGCUCAUGGCGCUUUACAACUAAAUAUUUCAAACCGAUUUUUUUUUAGAUUAAAAAAAUUAACACCAAUAAUAAAACAUAAAUAUAUGAAACUACAAGUUAAAGAUUCUUAUUCAAAAAUUAAAAAUUCUUGUCGCAAUAUUUACAGUAUCUACAUUAUUCUGACAGAACUUUGAUUAAUUUUUUUUUUUAAUAAGAAAGUCUUUAUUGAAGUUUUAACUUUUGAAAUGUCAUCAUGAUUACGUAUGGGUUCUGGCAGUGAGUUCCAAAUUGUAGGUGCUGCAAAUGAGAAUGAUUUCUUCAACUUUGCAGAUGGUAUUGUCAGGAGCCUCUUGGAGGCAGAUCUUAAGCUUCUUGAUGGUCUGUAGGGUUGCAAGAUUUCUGUUAUAUAGGAAGGCGCUAACCAAUGUAAGGCUUUAAAGGUUAACAGAAGUAUCUUGUAAUUGAUGUAAGGCUUUAAAGGUUAACAGAAGUAUCUUGUAUUUGAUACGUCUGUAUAUGGGGAGCCAGUGUAACUGUUUGAGAAUUGGCGUGAUAUGAUCAUGUUUCCUGGAACGAGUCACAAGGCGUGCAGCACGGUUUUGGACAGCUUGUAGACGAACAAUCAGAGAUUGGGGAAGGCUAUAGACCAAUGAAAAUAAAAGCAUGAACUAAGAUUUCAGUGUCUUUUGUGAGAGACUGUCUCUUACUUUAGCUAUAUUCCUAAGAUGAAGAAAACAAGCUUUAAAUAUGGUAGUGACGCGUUCGACAAGAGUUAUUUCUUGAUCGAAGACGACUCCGAUGUUCCUAGAGGAACUCACAGGCAUUAUUCUUUCACUGGAUACUUGGAUGGCCUCAAUAGGCGAGCAUGCAUGGGCGAUGGUUGGCAUUCAGAACAAGUAGCUCGGUUUUUCCCCUGUUUAGCUUCAAUUCGUUUCGGACCAAUCAGGAAUCUACAUGACUCACACAUGCUUCUAUACGCGCUAAAGAUGACUGUUGCUCGGUUGUAAUGGGCCUAAAAGCAAAGUAAAGUUGGGUGUCGUUGGCGUAUAGGUCGAUCAGUGAAACUCGAGUCCAUGAUAUCAAGUAGCAAAGGUAAAACAUAUGUAAGUUCUGACAAUUGCACAAAGCGCAGUGAUUAAUGGCUUGGUUUUCUUUUUUUCUUUUUUUUGUUUGUUUUUACUUUCUAGGUCGCAUUCUCACCGCGUGUUAUUGGUUUUGCAUUCUUGUCUGGGUUUCAACAUACACCGCAAAUCUCGCAGCCUUUUUCACUGUGAAAAAUGCCGCUGCACCCAUUAAUAACUUGGAAGACAUACUAACAUCAUCUUAUAAAGUUACCAUAGUAGAAUAUGGAAGUACUUACGAGUUUUUUCAAACAAGUCAAUAUGAAACUCAUAGAAAGAUUUGGUACAGAAUUCAAGCUCACAAUUCAUUUGUUGGAAACACAAGUGAGGCUGUUAAAUUGAUCCGUGGAAAGGAUGAUUAUGUCUUCAUUUAUGACGGACCAGUUGUUCGACAUCUUGCCAAAAAUCAACCAUGUGAUCUGAUAACGGGUAAAAGUUAUUUUUCAAGAUUUAAAAACACUGGGAUGAGAAAUAUUUAAUAUUUUAAGAGGGUGAGGGUGAAGGUGAUGGGGAGCACGAGUGCGGAGAAGGGGGGUGAGUUUACAAUAUUAUUCUUGGAGGUUUAUACUUAAGCAAUAGAAAACGUUUUCCGUGUUUGCAUAGCCUGAUAUAAACAUGAGAGGGGUUGGGAGAAUUCAUUUUAUGCAAACCCGAGACGAACUCGAGGGUCUGCAUAACUGUCGAGAAUUCUCCCAAUCCCUCGAGUGUUUAUAUGAGGCUAUGCAAAGACAGGAAAAAAGUUUUCUAUUGCUUUUAUAAAAUAACUCUCCCGAGAAAAAACGCAAACUCUUUGUUACGGUCCUGAUUAAAAGAGAAAUUCUUACCAGUCGCAAGGUCUUACACAAGAAGUCUUGCACGCGUAAUCAGUUCAGUCUUGUUUUGCAAAAAGAUGCUUUCCAAAACAGAACGGAUUUUUCUCGCUUAAAAUGUCAGCUUAAGCGAAAAAAAUUGACACACCUUCUUUGUAACGAUUUUCCAAGUUUCAGCCGACGAAGGAAUGGGUAAAUAAAGUAAACUUGUCGAGUUUUGAACUUGAAAACUUUUUCAAAUUUGUGCUUGCGUGAUUAGCGCGCGAAAACCUGUGUGAGGUGGCGUGGGAAAAGUAGCCUCUGCCGACAACCGUUCAAUUUUCUAUCGUGCAUGUGCGAAAAUCGUCGCGCAAUUCGCAAGCAAAAUUAAUCCUCAGGUCUGUCGUCAAAUGGCUCGAUUUUCGCGGGAAUAAAAAAAAAAUGCGACAACUCUGAUCUGCUACGCAAGACUCACGCUAGAUAGACUCACGCAAUGCUCCAAAGCAGUCAAGAACAGGAAAAAACUGUUGUUUUUUUUAAAUUUAUUCGUCAAGAUUUCUGGACGGAUUCGAACGGUUGUCGGCAGAGGCUACUUUUCGCACUCCAGCUCACACAGUGAAAAUGUAGCUUCUACUCGCAGGGUAUGUACAUUUAUGCUUUAUUUUUUCAUUUGCUUUUGGGUCAAGGGAAGGGCUUUGUAAUAAUUUUUAAUAACCCACUACACGUACGUCAAAAAGAACAAAUUAAAAAGAAAUAAAUUCUUAAAGCGGAACAGAAGGUGGCUUUAUAAAAUGCAUGGCACGGUUCAUAGUAUAUUUAUUUUAGAGACACUCAUUUACAAGUACGUACAGUGUAUAGCGGAAAAAAACGAAAUCUACACGAAAUCGUAUAUUCUAGAAAGCUCUUGUGUGUCUCCCUUUGGAGUAUAGGGAUUCAGCAAAUUCUCGGGAGUUUUACAUCACGGCCCGAAAUGCGCGGACGCACUUCCAACCCGCCUCCAACUGCGAAUUUGAUAAUUAUGACAUAAACCAGUUUUCGACGUUUUCGUUUUCUAGUCCCAGGUUUAAGCACGGCCAAAGGACUUGGCCUCGCGUUCCAAGCUGAUGAUCCAGACGCCACAGACUUUUCACUUGCCAUUCUGCAUUUACAUGAGAAUAGUUUUCUAGAGAACCUGAAACGUAAAUGGUGGGAAUCUUCUAAUGGAUGUCCUCAAGAGCAAGAGACAAGUAAGACUCUGCUG